CUCACUUUUAUUCGGCGAUUUGGCGUUGUAGGUGGUCCAUUGAUAAAGCGUCGUUAAUUUUUCUUUUUCAAUAAGUGGAAUAGUUAAUUAAAUUUUUAACUUAGUUUUACUAACAACUGAAUAUUAAUAAGCAAUUAAGAUGGAUAUUCGUCCGAAUAAUACCAUUUAUAUCAACAAUUUAAACGAAAAAGUAAAAAAAGAGGAACUAAAGAAAUCUCUGUACGCCAUAUUUUCACAAUUUGGCCAAAUUUUGGAUAUAGUAGCAUUGAAAACGAUAAAAAUGCGUGGCCAAGCUUUCGUAAUUUUCAAAGAAAUCCAAAGCUCCACGAACGCUUUAAGAUCGAUGCAAGGCUUCCCUUUUUACGAUAAACCAAUGCGUAUACAGUAUGCGAAACAGGACUCUGACAUGAUUUCGAAGAUGAAAGGAACGUUUCAAGAGCGUCCAAAGAAAGUUAAACCAGCGAUAUCUCGAGACGAUGAUGCUCCAAGAAAGAAAAAGAAGAACAAGGACCCCAAUAGGCCUCCUGGUGGGGCUAAUGCCGAACAGCCUCCUAACCAAAUUCUUUUCCUUACAAAUCUUCCUGAUGAGACCAGCGAGAUGAUGUUGUCCAUGUUGUUUAACCAGUUCCCUGGGUUCAAAGAAGUGCGUUUGGUGCCGAACCGACACGACAUAGCUUUUGUUGAAUUCGAGAAUGAAUUACAAUCAGGAGCUGCCAAGGAUGCUCUACAAGGAUUCAAGAUCACCCCCACGCAUGCUAUGAAAAUAUCCUUCGCGAAAAAAUAGAUUUUAUUUAGUUUAAUUUUUUAUUUAAGAAUAUGUAUAACUUGACUUAAGAUAACCACCCAAUUUGAUAUAAAAAGUAUCAAAAUAA